AUGGAUAUAUUUGCGUUCUAUCCUCAAUACCAAGUGCUAGUGUGCAAACGCUGCGCAUAUGCUGUUGCUCCUAAGCACCUAGCUAGUCAUAUCAAGACAAAACACCCCCAUGAAGCUUGCCAUGAUGCUGGCCUGCAUCCUGCUCACCAUCGGGUUGGGCGGCUAGCUCUUAUGCUUGCCAAACGUCUCCAAACGCGACACGACCUCCUCGAUCCAGCCGUUAGCAAGAUCCCAGUACCAUUGCCAACAGAGCGGCCCCUCUCUGACCUAAAGCUUUACCGUGGGAUCCAGUGCAGUCGCUGUGAAUAUCUUCUCACUAAGACAAAGCAUACCAUAGUCCUUAUGGGUAAACAUUUUAACCAGCACCGACUUCUUCCACGGAAGCCCGGUAGACAGAGUAAAAUAGCAGACAUACCAGAGGCGGAUAAGGGUCCUAUGUUUACAGACGUCUACUGCCAGCGCUUCUUUACUUCAGGCCCACAAAGCUCCUUCUUUGCAGUCCAUGUCCCUACUGUAGUUCAGGAGCUAAAAGGACAACCUCAGUUACGAAAGGCUGACCUUCUCCGGGCUAUUAUUAACGAGCAACUUGAUGCUAGUAACGGCAAACAACAAGUCACCGCGCAAACAUAUACCAGCCAGACUACUAAGACAGAAGUCUCGCCUUGGCUCGAGCUAACAAGGUGGCCGCGGUUCUUUGAUGGAUUGGAUAUGACCGAGGUGGCUCCUCUUGCCUACCUGCCUAAUCCUCGCACGGAGCCGGGCCUAGCUGCGCUCGGAGAGAGCUUCGAUCGUAUCAUCGAGCAGGCCUACCUUUCUAUUUGCGAGGAUCGAAUUAGUGUGUUCGACCAAGCCAAGAUCAACAGUUUCAUCAGCGAUCGAAGUAGUAAGCAGGAACGCCUGAUUAUGGUGAAACUGCAGAAGGGAACAUUUCGUGUGUACAAGGGUCUUUGGAAGCGUCUUCUAUGCUUCACCUACCGUACUAGUCUGCCUAGCCAGAAAAUACCGCUUCUCCACCGAUUCACAAGCAACCAGCUGUGUGCGUUGGACAAGGCCAUGACGCUUGCCGAAGAGCUGCUCGCCCUAAAGGGCGCAGGCAAGGAUGAC